AAAUGGCGUCAGGCAGUGGGUCCAAGAAUGAUUUUCGACGCAAAUGGGACAAGGAUGAAUAUGAACAGCUGGCCCAGAAACGAAUCACAGAGGAGAGAGAGAAAAAAGAUGGCAAGCCUGUGCCCCCCAUCAAGCGGGAGCUCCUCCGCCACAGAGAUUAUAAAGUGGAUCUGGAGUCAAAACUGGGGAAAACAAUCGUCAUCACGAAGACCACACCACAGGCUGAGAUGGGAGGGUAUUACUGCAAUGUGUGUGAUUGUGUAGUAAAGGAUUCCAUCAAUUUCUUGGAUCAUAUCAAUGGUAAAAAACAUCAGAGGAAUCUGGGAAUGUCGAUGCGAGUAGAGCGCUCUUCGCUGGACCAAGUAAAGAAACGUUUUGAAGUGAACAAGAAAAAGCUGGAGGAAAAGCAGAAAGAGUAUGACUUUGAGGAACGAAUGAAGGAGUUACGAGAGGAGGAGGAGAAAGCUAAAGCCUACAGAAAAGAGAAGCAAAAGGAAAAGAAAAGGAAGGCAGAAGAAGAUCUCAACUUUGAAGAUGACGAUGAAAUGGCUGCUGUGAUGGGAUUCUCAGGUUUUGGAUCUUCCAAAAAAGGCCACUGAUUAUUAUUCAUUUAGUUUGCUCACCACGGCCUUCCCUGGACUGUAUGAAACUUCAAGAACGUCAUUAUUCCUUCACAGGACCACACAGCUUUUUAUCGCAGACUCUGUUAAAAAAAUCCUGUUUAAACACAUUCUAAAAUCCUCUAGUUGGUUAGACUGUUUUCGGCAAUCUAAACCUUUGGCAAUCUAAAUGAAACUUCUUGUUAUAAUUACAUUUUUGUUAAGAGGUUAUUGUAUAAAUAGGGUUAGCUUCUACGUGUAUGUUUUAUGGGUUAUGUCAGAUUUGUUUUUUACCCCUUCAACACGACAAAACAGGAGAGGUUCAAAUUGAAAACAAGACAAUGCUUCCAUUCUUCAGUUUCUUUAGAAGUGAGAAAGACAUUUGAAGACCUGCUGAAGUUGUGUGCAGAUGUUUUUUUUUGUUUGUUUGUUUUUUUAAAUCAUGAAGAGAGUGAUAAGUUGUCAUUUGGGGUUAUUUUACAUUAAAACCUUGUCCAACAACCUU